AUGUUGGAGUAUUUUGAGCAGCUGUACCAUAUAGACCUUCCAGCAAUUAUUAUGGAUGCAAGUGGUGUCACAAUCCCUAUGCUGGGCCCACCCAUCAGCGAGGAACCUCCUACCCUAAAUGAGAUUAGGGAGGCGAUCCCUAAGCUAAACGGUGGGAAAGCUUCAGUUGCAGUUUCUGGUUCCAUUCCCCCUGGCCUGUUGAGUGGCGUGAUAAUCCCUCUCUGGGAGGAGAAAGGGGAUCGUUGGGACUGUAACAACUACUGUGGUAUCACACUGCUCAGAAUACCAGGCAAGGUUUUUACCCACAUUCUUCUGAAACGGAUCUGUGACCACCUAUUAAGGCACCAAAAAUCAGAGCAAUGUGGAUUUACUCCUGGGAAGUCCACAAUAGACUGUAUCCUAGCGCUUCGAGCCAUUGGGGAAUGCUGUCGUUAG